AUGCUUGCCCAGCUCGUAGCAGACGUGUGCCCGUCGUCGGCCUCUUUCUUCGGAUUUAUGGGUGUCGCCUCCGCCCUCGUUUUCGCCAAUCUUGGCGCAGCGUAUGGUACGGCCAAGUCGGGCGUGGGAAUCGCAUCCAUGGGUGUGAUGCGUCCCGAUCUGGCUAUGCGUAACAUUAUUCCCGUGGUUAUGGCUGGUGUGCUCGGCAUCUACGGUCUGAUCGUGGCGGUUAUCAUCCAGGGCUCGAUCGACCCUCCAAACGGCAACGCGCCCAAAUACGGCUCGUACACAGGCUUCGCACACCUGGCUGCCGGUCUGUGCUGUGGUCUGAGCGGUCUGGCGGCCGGCAUGGCUAUCGGUGUGGUGGGCGAUGCGGGUGUGCGCGCCGUGGGUCAACAGGAGAAGCUUUUCGUGAACAUGAUCCUGAUUUUGAUUUUCGCGGAAGCUCUGGGUCUGUACGGCUUGAUCGUGGCGCUGAUUCUGUCGCAGAAGAAGAGCGAUUGCCCGUCGGAGUAA